AAAACAAUUUUUUUGACACAUUGACAGUUUGAGGUUCGGUUCAACCUUUUUCCUUAUUAUUUAAUGAAACCAAAUAAGAACCGACCGGAAAAUGUUCAAAUCCGUAAUAAAACCAAUCAACAGUGCAGUCCGCAGUAGUAUAAGUAGCAAUUUGGCAAGCGUUCAAUGUGUUCAAUAUCAUCGAAAACCUCGUUGGCUGCCGCAAGCUAAAAGUAAAAUAUUCCGCGUUCCCGAACGACGAAAACAAGAUGAAGAUGAAAAGGCCGAGCUACAGCGACUACAUAACAGCUACAAAACGCAGGUGAAAGCCGUUCGGUUGUACCUUAUCGAAGAGAUUAAACUGAAAAAAGCCUCAUCAACGGCUGAUCAUGUUGUGAUUACGCCCGAAGAAGAGGCCGCUGACAUGCAACAUUGUAUUGAAUUGAACAACGCAUGGAACGCAAGCAUUGCUGAAUUACGAAACAAGCGGCUGGAGCAGCAGAUGAUCGAACGACAGGAAGUCAUAUUGCAACAAUUGGAAUUGAAACGGGAACGAGAAGAAGAGGAAAGACGGGCAGCCGAAGAAGUGGUUCGAUUGGAAAAGGAACGCUCCAAAACGUACAUUCUGAGGGAGGACUUGGACCAAGCGAUCGAAUAUGCACUAGCCCAUCCAGUCGACUACAAUUUUGCAUUAAAUCUAAAUGGUGACAUCUUCAACGGCCGUGUGAGUACAGACAACACCAAAAACACAUUGGCAACCGCCACCAAUUGAACGCGCGCAGCACACAUAGAUUCUGUUCGGGAUUGUAUGACGUUGAUAGUUCGAAGUAGAAGAAAUGAUUGGAAUCGAUAAAGUUUUUGCUUUUAUUAUACAAAAAAUUGCUUAAAAAGAAA